AUACAAUGAUGCUGGGAUCCCUGGGAAACAGCAGCAGCAUCCCCUCUACCUUCACGCUGAGUGGCAUUCCUGGGCUGGAACACAUGCACAUCUGGAUCUCCAUCCCCCUGUGCUUCAUGUAUCUAGUUUCUAUACUGGGCAACUGCAUGAUUCUCCUUAUUAUUAAAACAGAGCCCUCCCUCCAUGAGCCUAUGUACCUCUUCCUGUCCAUGCUGGCUCUGACUGACCUGGGCCUGUCCCUUUGUACCCUCCCAACAGUGCUGAGUAUCUUUUGGAUGGGGGCACGAGAGAUUGGUCAUAAUACCUGUUUUGCCCAGCUCUUUUUCAUUCACUGCUUGUCUUUCCUGGAGUCCUCUGUGCUACUGUCAAUGGCUUUUGACCGUUUGGUAGCCAUUUGCCGCCCCUUGCACUAUGCGUCCAUCCUUACCAACAGAGCCGUUGGCAGGAUUGGCCUGGCUUCUUUGGGCCGCAGUGUUGCACUCAUUUUUCCAUUGCCUUUUAUGCUCAGGAGAUUCCCUUAUUGUGGCUCCUCAAUCCUCUCACAUUCCUAUUGUCUCCACCAGGAAGUGAUGAAAUUGGCCUGUGCAGACAUCAAGGCCAAUAGCAUUUAUGGCAUGUUUGUCAUCGUUUCCACAGUGGGUAUAGAUUCACUGCUCAUUCUCUUCUCCUAUGCCCUGAUCCUGUGCACUGUGCUAUCCAUUGCUUCCAGGGCUGAGAGACUCAAAGCUCUGAACACCUGUGUCUCCCACAUCUGUGCAGUACUGCUCUUUUAUACUCCAAUGAUAGGCUUGUCUGUCAUCCACCGCUUUGGGAAGCAGGGACCCCAUCUGGUCCAGGUGGUCAUGGGCUUUGUGUAUCUUCUAGUCCCUCCUCUGAUGAAUCCCAUUGUCUACAGUGUAAAGACCAAACAGAUUCGAGAACGGGUGGCCCAAGCCUUUUGUUAUUAGCUGGGUCUUGUCUUGGAGGCAGUAUUUCCAUAUAUGUG